UAUGAAAAUGGCGGCGAGUCAGGGAGGCGGAGGAGCAGUUUCGGCUUUGCAUGGCCAUCACUACCCGAGUGGACCUCACUGGAACCCGGGGAUACUUCAACAUCAGCACCAUCUCCACACGGCUCGAAGCCUGGAUCGCGCUCUAGAAGAUGCGGUUUGUUCCGGCAUAUUGAAUCUCAGCGGGAGAAAGCUGAGAGACUACCCCGGCUUGAGCUACGACCUUACGGACACGACACAGGCAGAUCUAUCAAAGAACAGGCUGACGGAGAUUCCUCCAGAGGUCUGCCUGUUUGCACCUCUGGAAUCGCUCAACCUGUACCACAACUGCAUCAGGGCUGUCCCAGAGGCCGUCAUCAACCUGCAGAUGCUCACGUACCUGAACAUCAGUCGGAACCUCCUCUCAAUGCUGCCAAAAUACUUGUUUGAUCUUCCGUUGAAAGUGCUAGUUGUGAGCAACAACAAGCUAAUCUCUGUUCCUGAAGAAAUCGGAAAAUGUAGAGACCUCAUGGAAUUAGAUAUAAGCUGCAAUGAGAUCCAGGUGCUGCCCCCUGAGAUGGGGAGGCUCCACGCUUUAAGGGAGCUGAACACCAGGAGGAACUGUCUGCAGGCUCUGCCUGAAGAGCUGGCUAGCCUGCCCCUUAUCAGACUGGACUUCUCCUGCAACAAGAUCUCCGAGAUCCCGCCCGUCUACCGCAAAAUGAGGCAGCUGCAGCUCAUCAUCCUGGACAACAACCCCAUGAAGUCCCCCCCGGCGCAGGUCUGCCUAAAAGGAAAGGUGCAUAUAUUCAAGUAUUUGAAUAUGAAAGCUUGCAGAACAGACAAGAAACCAGACUCCCUGGACCUCCCGUCUCUCAGCAAGCGAAGCCUCCCACAGCCUUUGACAGAUAGUAUGGAGGAUUUUUACCCCAGUAAGAACCACGGACCAGACUCAGGAAUCGGGAGUGACAAUGGGGAUAAGAGAUUGUCGACAACAGAGCCCUCCGAUGACGACACCAUCAGUCUGCACUCACAGGUGUCGGAGACGGCACGAGCCGACGCCCACCUGCUACUCGCCAAACUGGAAAGUAAAGAUCAGGAGGCCUAUGACUUCAUCGAUCCCAGCACGGAGGAAGAGGCAGCUCUGUCUGAGGAAGAUGUGCAGCAGAGCACCCGCUAUGUGUCCUGUAUGAAGGAGCUUGAGAAAGUGCUGAACAAGUCACACCAAAAUGAAGACAAGGAAAACGGGAAGGAGGAAUCGGGUUCAGAGAAGGAGCCCCUGGCAGAGGAGGAAGAGGAGGAUGAAGUAAAGGAAGUUUUGGACUUGAGGAAGAUAGCAGCCCAGCUGCUGCAACAGGAGCAGCAGAACAGGCGACGGUCGCUCAUAUGUAGAGCGUCGUUCAGUCAGAGCCUUUUCCACCGGCGGAGGGCCACUGCUCGGGCACAAAGAUUCCUCAGCCAAUCAGGGAGCAGCACAAACAGUAAACAGAGAUCGCCCAGGAGUUCCUCACUAGAAGAGGGAAGCACGGGAGAGUCAGCUGUUUCUAGUCAGUCUUCCUCCUCCUCUGUGGACGGUUCCCAAAAAGCCAACCCGGCCGACUCGGAGCCAAAAUGGCCGGAAGGGCACGCCGUUCUUCACCUGGGCGAGGAGCGGCGGCGUAACAAGUAUCUGCGGAAAGAUUAUCUGAAGUACAAGUGCCAGGCUGCCCGGAGAGGUCUCAGCGCAAACAGCAAUGAGUGUGGGGAAGGAAUGCACUCUGCAGAUGUCAGCACAGGAUUAACAGUGUUUGGUUUGAAACCGAGAUCAGCGUUCUCCAGAGGGAGUAACCCGGAGCACAGCCCCUCCGAUCCCGGGUUCACCAUCCGCCGGAGGAUGGAGCACAUGCGGGAGGAGAUGGAGCAGAUCCAGCUCCUGCGCCAGAACCUGGAGUCCAGGCUGAAGGUCCUGCUCCCGGAUGACGUGGGCGGGGCUCUGAUGGAUGGGGUGGUCCUGUGCCACCUGGCCAAUCACAUUCGACCUCGCUCCGUAGCUAGCAUCCAUGUUCCCUCCCCUGCAGUGCCAAAGCUGAGCAUGGCCAAAUGUCGCAGAAAUGUGGAGAACUUUCUGGAUGCCUGCAAGAAGCUUGGUGUGCCACAGGAUAAGCUGUGUUUACCUCAUCAUAUCCUCGAGGAGCGGGGGUUGGUAAAAGUGGGAAUAACGGUCCAGGCCCUGCUGGAGUUGCCAGCGUCGAGGCCGACGCAGCUCUCGGCUGUGUAGCACACCGCCACGUAGCUCUCCCUGCUCUGCCUCUCCGUGUGUCUGUCCGUGGGAUGAGGGUGGAGGGGCUGCCCAGGAUACAGCCGAUCGAGGUGGGAGAGGACCCCCACACCGCUCUCACGUAUGAAAUCAGCCGGGACUUCCUUCUCGUGAAUGUGUCGCCUCCACCAAGACAACCCCUCGAAUACAGAGCCAUGCUGCUCAAGUCAAACCUAGUUUUACUUUGUGACAUGGGGUAACAAAGCAACUAGUUAUUGAUGAAUGCAGUAGAACCUCCUUUAUCCGACACCUAUGGAAUGCCGGUCGUUCGGAAAACUGAAAUAGUUGCUUAAGCGAAACAUGAAUGAAUAUACAUAAAACAUCUGUCACCUAAAUCAAUCCUAGUCAUUUAUUUAAACUUCACCACAAAGAACCAUAAGAAUAUUGUUUUAUCUACUCGCAGUGUGAUCCUUAAACCUAAAAUCAAUAGACUAGUGAACGGGGGUGAGUUUCCCGGAAGCGACAUGUCUUGAAAAUGCACGACUUACUUCAUGCACAAUUUCAAGACAUCUCUUGAAAAUUUCCCAAGAUGUGGUGUGAGUUUUUCCAAGAGUAACUCCAAAGAAUUACUUGAAGAUAGCCUUCUUGAGGUUUGUUUACAAUACGGAAUCAAAAUGACAUCAAGACGUCAGUGCUAGCAAACUGCACUUUCUUCAACAUAAUUGAACUUAAGUAGGCUAUCCAAUUUACAGUUUCAAUAGCCUUUUUAAUCAACAAAAAUUCAACUUGCAGAAGCAGUAGAACAUGAGAAGAUUUUCACAAAACCGCUCAUGUCUGAAAAACGCACACUUGUGGUAGGGUAGGGGACGUAGUUCUACGUAGCCUAUGUUUAGAUUUUCAGACAAUUGUUUUGUCUUUUUGUCGUUAUGACGCCUGAAAGGGAUAAACAGGCCAUGCAAUACUUGGAACCUGUCCCAGGAUGUCGUGGAAAAAUACAAAUUACACAUACUACUUGAGUUGUGUCUUGUUUUGGGAAACACUUGCAAAAUGAGCGAAUGCCAAGACAUUAUUACCACUACAACAUGCUUCGGAAAAACUCACUCCAAUAUAGUAGGCUACGUUCUCUCAACAUUGCCACGUUUAAACAAAAUCUAAAGGAAUUCAGUCAGACGCAGAUGGAGCACUACUGAACAGAGCCAUUAAUCCCAGCCGCCCCCCUUCCCAUCACACACAAAUUAAGUGUAGAAACUCAUAAAAUCCAGUCGCGGAUUUAGAAAUGGUUGGUGGUUAGUGAACUGCAAACUGCGGGGGAAUCCCAGUGUGCAGGGGAAUCCCCCACCUCCUCACUGUCUGGGAAAUCAUUUGUACAACUGUAGCCUGUUUGCCUGGAUUCUGUACAGUACGCUACUGGGAUACCAUAAAUCCAUUAAUUUUUCAACACACAUUUUCUUUACAUUUGUUUUCCGUGGCUAUGGUAUCUAGAUUUACUCCCUUGUGAGGUCUAGCCAAAAUGUAAAUUUGGUCUCCAUGGUGAGGCAUAUUCUUUUCCACUUUGCACCCGCCAUUUCUAGGCUACCCUGCUGAAAAAAACAACUCACCAGGGUAGGCUAUGGUAACUGGCGGGAAGGUCAUUCGGUUCACCGGUCAGUUUGGAUGAAUGGGGUUCUACUGUAGUGACAAAUGUACAUGUUCAGAAAAGCAUCAUGGCCCACUGAUCACACUACUUUAGUGGUGAGGGUCAUCAUGGUGCUGACAAUUUUGGUACUUUCUAGGGCAGUAGUUCCCAACCCUGGUCCCGGAGAUCUAUAGUAGCAUCCUGUAGGUUUUCACUCCAUCCCUAGCAAAGCACACCUCAUGCAACAGCUAAGGAUCUCCUUGAGCUGCUAAGUAGUAGAAUCAGGUGUGCCAAAUUGGGAGUUGAAAAGAAAACAUGUAGUAUGGUAGACCUAACGAGGUUGGGAACUGCUGUGCUAGGACUCCCACUGACACUGUGAUACAAAAACUGAGUUCAUCCCAUUAUUUAUUUUAAAUGAAGCAUUCAAAUUCAAAUUUCAAGAAAAAACAACUGUGAUGCAAAGUCGUUUAACAUUGCACAAUGUAUGUGCCAAUGUAUGUGUCAACUUGCUUGCUACACAGCCAUUCAAAAAACCCUCUUUAUGAACAGUUCUGAUUUUAUACAGAAUCCUAAGGCAUUUGUACCAGUACUCCUGUGAUAUCUCCUCUGUUCCAGUCUGUUUGUGCCGAAUUUGGAGCCCUGGGAUUCUUCAUUUAUUAUUGAUAUCCUGGGCUCUGGUGCUUGGAAUCGAGUGCCAUACUGCUGACAAUGAACUUGGAAUGGUUUGAGUACUAACUUCAUUGGUGGUGAAUGGUGAAUUUAUCAUGAUUAAGCAAGACGUUUCCUGCUCACAAUAUUUUGUUUUACACUAUGUAUGAUGCUGCUAUUUUAUACUUCUUAUCAUAAAAUAACAACAGUUUCAACGUUCUGCACUGACAUCACACAGACAUACUGUAUAUGACAUUCAAUUUGGAUAGAUUACAUUCCAGCUUUCAUUUUCUACACAGCUUGUAUGAAAAUACAUUAUUCCAAAACACAAGCUUGUUCUUACUUUGUUCCUAUGCGUAAUCCUGCUUCAGUUAGAUGCUCUAGUGCUAAACUAUCGGCAGAAAAUCUGAACUUCCAGAAUAGCUACUGUGGUAAUUGUUAAAUAUCAUUCAUUAUGCAUGACUUUAUUACAUUUUGACAUUUCAACAACAACUGCUAAGGACUAGAAUUUUAAUAUAUUUUUAUAUAUGCUAAAUUAGUCAUUAUUUAGGCAUAUUAUCAAUACUUAUCUGUACAUUUUGACUUACCAAUGAAGUAAAAGCAAAAGUUGAUUGAUGUCUUUAGCAGUAAAUAUCAGUCAAACUGGAUACCACAUUUCUCUGUUCUGAAAGUCACAGAAGAGCACUGAAAACAGUUUACAAAAAGGCAUUAAGCAGUUAGUUGCCUGCUUUCAUAUUUGCUUCAAAUACUUAGAUUGCAAUACUUUUUUGAUGGCUAGCCAUUUAAAAGCAGAUCGCCAAACAAUAUGGUAUGAUAACACCUGCUUCCUUUUUCAUUAGUGUUGUAGAAUGAGUGGCUUUUUAAAAACAAUGAAGUAUAAUUUAUUUAGUGGGAUGGUGAUGUCGUGCAGGACCCCCCCUCCCCCACCCCACCACCCCACAAAAAAGGAAGACCAGUGUCUAACCUCAUUUUUGUUGUGUCAAUGGAAAGUCAGGGAGAAGGACUACAAGCUAGAUGGCAGAACAUGAAUAAACAACUGGUGUUUGGCAGGCAGGCAUUUUUUUUUUCUAGGGCAGUAGUUUUGGUGUGAAGCCAUGCCUUGCAUUGACACGCUUUUCUCUUUUUUUAGCUCAGAAGAAUUUGGCUAAGCUUAUACUGCAUUUACCAUUCCUUAUAGAUACCAGCAAUAUUAUGUUUGCAUGGUCUGAUGAUUUUUUAAUUGUACAUUGUUAAAUUAAUGUAACUUAUUUUUGUAAGGUUUUAUAAUUAUCCAUGAAUUGAAGUUUCCUGCUUUCCUGUCGAUGUUGCAGAAAUGUUUAAUGGUCAAACUAAUGCUCCUUUCCUCCUGUGAUCACGGCAAAUACAGUAAUACAUGUGAUUAUUUAUUUCAGGGAAUCUCUAUUUAUGUAUUUAUUUUUUAUUUUGUAAUUUGCUUUUCAGUGUGAAAACAUUUUCAAAGUGUAUUAUUGAACUCUAAGGAUAAGCCGUAUUCAGUUUCCUGGUACUGUUUAUUUUGCUGUUGUGGUUGAUAGGGCGUUGAACACUUUACGCCUAAUUUAGCGUCUGACGGGGUGGUGAGAAGGACAUGGUGUUGUAGCCGAAGCCCUGUUUCUUUGUUCACUGUGCUGUCAGUGUUUAUGUAAAGAAAUGAGCCUGUCAUCAUAUGUGUCCUUUGUUCAGAUUCACUCUGAUUGCACAUGAUUUUUCACUCCCAGGGCCACACAUGGAGUCCCUAUGUUUGAUUUUGAAGUGAUCUCUUGCUGGGAAUAUCUGUCACUCCCUUUGCCAAGUAUUUCAAUGCCAAGCCCCUUUUGACAGCUUGCAGUGCCAUAACUUCUUGGUUGUUUUUCUUCUUUUGUAGCAUCACUUGCAAACUUGCCAUAUCUGUUUAUUCAUGUUGUGAUUGUACUUGGUUGUGUUCUUUUAAGUUCAGUGUGUCGCCAUCAGGAUGGUGUUUCAGAUAAAGACAGCUCUGUACAUCAGAAAUUAUUCUACUUCCCGUCAUGCAUUUGGAGGGAAGUAGGGGUGUUUUAUGGUACCCACACUUUAUUCUGAGGUGCUUCUAUACUGCUGGCAUUAACCCUUUGGUAGAAACAUCUCACUUUAGAUCCUGAGGUACAGGAAGUGAAGGUUUGUCACCUGUAUGGGAAAGUGCCACCAGAAUCAUCCACAAACAAAUCUGGAAAUAAAAUGAAAAUGGUUGCAUAUUUUAUACAGUUACAGAGGGUCGAAAUAAGCCCAUACAACACAUGCAAAGUAUUAUGCUUAUUGCAUAUUUUCUAUUUAAUUUCACCAAAAUAGAAAAAUGUUUUUUUUAAACUGGUUUUUGCGAGAUGUCAAACGCUAAAUGGGGUCAAAAUGACAACAAACAUAGUAGGAGAGUUUAGGCCAGCUCCCCACUGAUCUGUGCUGCAGACAGUAUACAUCUGUCCUUCCAUUGCCAGAAGCCUGAACCCAUGUUACUUCCCUUUUGCUAAAGCACACCAGCUCAGCUGACUAAAUACACUCUACUGCUGAAUGAUAUCUCCAUGUUUACAGUAGUUUUGCAAUGAUGUAGCAAGCUUGUAUCUCAAAUCCCACUACAGCUAUCGGGCUAAUGUUUUUCAGAGAUUACUGUCUCUAGAGAUUUCUUAAGAGGAAGGAUAUAUGUGUCAAUGUUAUUGUUCAAUGUGUAUUUUCUUGGGAGUAUGAAAUGAGCAACGUUCUCUGGAAGGAUUAAAAAUGAUUUGAAACAAAUUGAGGGAUGGGGUUGGUCGACCAUGCCAGUGAGGCAUUGGUAUGUCUAGCCAAACACCAUCCCUGGACAAAACGGAAAUGUCAUAUUAUGCUAAAGGUGUUCUGUAAGCGAUGACUCCAGCCGUAUUGGACACUCCGCAUCACAGGCAAUCUUAUGAAAGUUAUUUGAGUACUAUUGUAAGUGGGCGCUGUGCCUUAUGCCUCAUUGAUGAUACACCAAAGUCUUAAGUCCUUCUUCCCAUGGAUCUGAUGUUGACGGGCCUCCGUCCGCCUGGCUGAGGCCAGUUCUGUGUGUUUUAUGUGUAGGUGUAAGGCUUAUGACUGCUUUUAAAGGUCCAGUUCAAUUUUAAAUACCAGGUUAAAAUUGUGAACUGUAUUCAGUCCAUCAGAUACAUGUCUGUGACUUAAACUGGAGAAAAAGGCCAAAUGAAGUAUAAUUAAAGGGGAAGCCAGUUGGCUUUGUUGGCUUAUUUAAAAAAGCGCCAAAGCUUAUUAUAGUGCUAUAAAUGCACUAAAUUGUAUUCUGUAUUCCUGUACAAUAUGUUAUUAUGGUCCAUAGAAUAACAUAAUGUCAAAAUAUUAGUCCAUUUAGUGUCAAUGCACUGCAAAAGAUGUGAAAACUGAGAAAACUGUAUUCUCAGUAAUAUUUUCACAGAUGGCGUAGCUUUGCAAUCCAUUCACUUAAAUUGAGCCAUGCUUACAGAUGACAAUUGUAGCAAACUCAAUGAGUGGUAAUACUGUAUUUUUGCUGAGGUGUGUGAUGUCACUGCCAUUCCCUGAAUGUGUACAGUGUGAGAAACUACAAUACACAGAGACCCUCUGGUGAUGUGCUGGCUUCAGCUCAUUUAAAGACCACAAUUGUAGGAAUGUUAUUGUCAAUAUUGCUGGAAAUUUCUGGAAACAUUUUUCUCCUGAAUAAUAACAACUUACUGUGAGGAAUCAACUGUGAGUAACAUAUUGGAACAUACAUAGUAAACAGGAAUGUGUCAUGAUAGUUAUUUAUCUGUGUUGGGACACAAUUGAAAGAUUGGAUUUCAACUAUACAUGCAAGUGAUCUUGAGUAAUCCUCAAUUUGCAUCAGCCUGAAUCAACAAGUUACAGUACAUCAGCAUGAAUAUCUGGGGUCCAUUGCAAAACCUCAGGUUUAAACCGUUAGGCCAGAAAACUGCAUUACACAUUUGGAUAUCUGUUCUAGUUGUAAUUUAGUUACCUGGUCUGGUGGAUUCAUUUUGAGGAUUAAACUCCUGUUAAAAACACACCGAAAUUGACCCAUGCAAUCUGCCUUAUGGUACCUAUUGUAUUUUAUGUACCUUAAUUAACUUGUGUAAAUCCAUUUUCUGGGAGAAUGAAAAUUGCCUUUUUUUUUGGGACACACCUCAAUAUUCCUGUGUGUGCUCAGCCUCUAUACUGCUCUUCCACCACGUUUGUUUUUUCAAGUGGACGAUGAUAUCAGGACUUUCUGUGCAAGGAUAUCAGUGUUUCUGUUUUUAUUGAUUUAGAAAUGCUCAUUUUCAUUUAUGUCAGGAAAAAUCCCCACAAACUUUGCUCUGUAUAUAAAUGUUUUGUAUUUAAAAAAUGUGCAUGCCAAAUUGAAAACAUUAGACAAAUGUAUAUAUCUUCUACAAAUUGUAGGGAACUUCUGAAAUAUUUCAAGAAUAAAGGAAAAAAAUAAUAAAGUGGUCUUUUUCCAA